AUGGUUAUUUGUCAGUUCUUCCUUCAAAAUCGCUGUAAAUAUGGAGAUAGGUGUCGGUUUGAACACCCUCGAGGUGGUGGUGGCGGUGGCAGCAACAACUGGCAAGGUGGUGGUAGCGGUCAGCGAGUCACUUUCAAGGACAGUUUCGGUACAAGUGGACAGGCAAGUGGUAGUCAGUAUAAAUGGACUGCAGGUCAGCAAAGUUCACAGGCUUCCCAGGGACAGAUAAUUCCCAGCAGGCCUCGACCCUUGACCUUCAAUUGUCUGCCAAAGGAAAUGGACAUCUGGGAGAAAUCACAUAUGUGGCCAUUUUCUUGCUUUGCCGUGGAUAAAGACUUGCCUUCAUUGCCAGAGUUCUAUGAUGUUUGCCCUGAAGAGUUGAGGUUGGAAGCUUACCAGGCAAUGAAGUCAGGAAACAUGCUGCCCUAUACUCAGAAAGUGCAGUCCCUGCAAAAUGAGUUUCAAGGCAAGAGAAGACAACUCCAGCACAUGACGAUGGACUUGAAGUCAAAACUGAUGGCAGUCGUUGAUGAUGCCAGGAAAAAGAAACCAACACACAGAGAUGUGUCAGCACCUGGUCCUGCUUCAGUGUUUGGUGGAGCUACUUCUGCAUCAGCAGCUAGCCAUGGACAUUACACACCUCUUGCAGAUUUGACAGAACAGGAGAAAGAAGCAUUCAGUGCAAAGAUGUUUACCUUGGGCAAAAUACCAAUACGUCCGCCACCGAGGGAGAUGGUCAAUUAA